UGCAAACGCGGUAUAUUGGAACUUGGUGAAGAGGACGAAACCUCAACUUCAGCGCAUAAGUGGGAAAAGGUGGAUUGACUGUUAGCAGUGGUGUCGAGUUGGCUGAGCAUUGUUAACGGUCCAGUGUCCAUGGCCGCCCCUGUUCUACAGCAACCGAAUUAUCUUUUGGCUAACUUGAAAGCUGAUUGGACGGCAAAACCUUUAUUCCAGCGAUGCCAAGAAUUAGCAAAGGUUAUAGACGACUACCCUGCUAAGGAGCUGCAUCCGAUCUUCCCAUGGCUGGUGGAGAGUAUCUUCGGGAGUCUGGAUGGGGUCAUAGUGGGCUGGAACCUGAGGUUUCUGCAGACCCGAAUGAAUGAAUAUGCUAUUGUCAUGAGCUUUCUGGACCCCAGCGGACCAAUGAUGAAACUGGUGUACAAACUGCAAGCAGAGGAGUACAAGUAUGAGAUCCCCAUUAGUUAUCUGCCUGGUCCUGUGAAAGCAUCAAUUCAUGAAGGAGUUCUCCCAGAUUGCCCACUUUUUCAUAACAAGCUUCAGUUUCCAAUGUCGGGCAUGUUGUCCCUGAAUCCAUUUGAGUAUUAUAUGUUCAAUUUUGCCUACUGUCUCAUCACACCAAAGAACUGUCCUCCAGGGCUGCAUGUGAGUUCCUCAGACACUGCUUACUUUGUGCUGGUGGACACCUACCUCAAAUACUUUCUGCCUACUGAGGGCAGUGUGCCCCCCUCCCCUUUCUCUGACACAAGGGGUACUGUGUCUCCUCCUGCUCCAAGGUCUCCCGGUGUGCCUUAUUUAGGCUAUGGUGUCCAUAGCUCCAGUCUGUUGAAACGCCACAUCUCCCAUCAGCCCUCAGUCAAUGCCGACCCUUCUGCUCAAGAGAUAUGGAGGUCAGAGACACUACUACAGAUGUUUGCGGAGAUGUGGCUGCAUCACUACUCUCUGGAGAUGUACCAGAAGCUCCAGUCUCCCCAAGUGAAGCUGGCGUUGCUGCAGUACCGCCUCAAUAUGUCCAGCAUGCUGUGCCAACCCCCCGCCCCACCAGGCUCUGGGACCCUCCAAACAUACCAAGAACCUUUUAGCCCUUCUGAGGAGCACGUCCUGGUGGUGCGUCUCCUGGUCAAACACCUCCACGCCUUCUCCAACAGCCUGAAACCAGAGCAGAUCUCCUCCUCUCCUUCUGCACACUCGCAGGCCAGCCCCCUUGAGGAGUUCAAGAGGGUGGUGGUCCAGAGGUUUGUCCAGCAGAAGCUCUAUGUGUUUCUUCAGCAUUGCUUCGGUCACUGGCCUCUGGAUGCCUCGUUCAGGGCUGUGUUGGAGACAUGGCUGAGUUACAUCCAGCCAUGGAGAUACACUGGAGACAAGAGUAAUCCACCAGCAGAUGGCCAGACCAGAAAUGUUCCAGAGAAAUGGGCUUCUUUUGUGCAGGAGAACCUGCUCAUGUACACCAAGCUGUUCCAGGGCUUUUUGAACCGGGCCGUACGCACAGACCUUGUCAAUGCCAAAAAUGCACUGAUGGUGUUCAGGGUGGCCAAGGUGUUUGCACAGCCAAACCUGGCAGAGAUGAUCCAGAAAGGAGAACAGCUGUUCCUGGAGCCGGAGCAUGUUCUUCAUCACCGCCAACCCAGGGGCUUUCUCACACCAGCACACGGUGGCAGCUUCCUGUCCUCACGUCAGCCCAUGGUUACUGAUGCCGUGUUUAAGGUCAAGAGUCACGUCUACGGUCUGGAAGGUCAGGACUGCCAGUACAAGCAGAUGUUUGGGAGCGAGCUUCGUGGCGCGGUGUUAAAACUGGUCCAGAUCAUCGGCCAAGCAAGACAGACAGCAAAACGAAUAUCAGACCAAUCUGCUGAGGUGGCUGCCAACAGUUCCUUCCUGUCCUGGUUUGGCAUGGGCUCCUCGGAUCUUAACAACACCUACACAGGAGGAGAAAUGGAUGACAUGGGAGAAUGUUCUAAAAAGACUCACGAAUUCCUGGACAAGGCUCUGGACUACUUCUGUCAGAUCUUUCGGUUGAAUGCCGGGCAGCUCUCUCAAAUGAUGGAAAACUUUGCACUGAUACAAGACGACAUGGGCUCUAGGCAAAUGCCAGACUGCAUACAGGGGGAGAACGGACCUGUCCUCACAGAUCUGGGCAGGAUGCAGAUCAUCAAUGGCCUUCGCAGAUUUGAGAUUGAGUAUCAAGGAGACCCAGAGCUGCAGCCCAUAAGGAGCUAUGAAAACGGCUUUUUGGUUCGCCUGUUGUUCCAGCUUUCCUCAUUUAUUAACGAGCGGUUAGGAGAUCGCAUGGUAGCACUUUGCGCCCGACAAGACGUCCUGGGUCGCGUUGGGAGACAUUUCUUGACCGGCCCCUCGGUCGCGAAUGAUCGACGGCGGAAAAGCCCAGUGACGCAUAGAACGGCACAACCCCUCCAGCGACCCCGUCUGAGUCUACGCGUGCUGGCUAGCUACCGCACUCUACUCACGAUUCUGCUGCUUUACCUGGUUUUAGCUCUGAUGUCCUUCGGCCUGUUGUCCAGCACUGGACUCAUCCUUAUUGCUAGCCUUCUCUAUGAACUCCUUCUGAAUAUGCUUGCCGAUAAACUGAAGUCGCAGUAG